GCCAAGAUCUUCCUUGCUUUGGUAAGGAGAGAUAUGCUUUGGUGACAUGAAAACUUGACAUGUAAAAAAAAAAAAAAGUCAUUGAAAGACCUAAGUAAAAAUUCAUAUUAUAAUUUAAACAUUUUUAAGUAAACCUCUCGAAAAUAGGUUAGAUAACGAUUACAUUCAAUACAACAGGUUGAUUAUAAAGGCAACGCAACAGUGGGCUAGCAAUUACUGCACAUGGUUAAUAAACAUUUUAACAGGGGUCUUUUAAAAAAUAAAUAUUGAUAAUUUUAAAAAAAUAAAAUACUUAUAAUCUUCAGCUACUACUUAUAUUAUUAAAAUAUUUUAACCAUUGCGUUUGCUUUUAAAGCUGAAUAUCUUGUACAUAGUGUAUUAAUAUAAUUUAUGCUCAUAACAACGUCUGUACAGUUAUCUCUUUCUUUUCCCUGUAAUACAACAGUUCCUUAUAAAUCAUGGCUUUUGUUUCGCUUUUUAUGGGAAUAAAGCUCUCAACAACCAAAUGUGUCCCCACCCAAAUUUAAAAAAAAAAAUCUACAAGUUUAUUAACAUCGUAACACAAUACUUUGUAGUUGACACUCACCUGAAAAUAACAUGCAAAGGUGUCAUCCGUCACGUUGUUGCGUACCUCGCUGUAGUAAUAUAAACUAUCACCAGUUUCAUUUUCUGGUUACAAAAAUAAAAGAUACAAAUAAAAAAUAAUUGACUAGUUUCAUUUGACUGACAGAAAUAGUUUAAAUUUUCUUCCCGGGUUUUCCCGAACUUACUUUUCGAUGCAGGUAGAUGAUUCCCUGCCAGCUGUAUUAAAGGGAGGCUGCAUUUUUUAAUUAUUGUUUCUCAAAUUUAAAUAAAUUUCUAGGCCCAACAUUAACUACCUAAAAUAAAUACAGUAUAAGCUAAAAAUAACAUUAAUGACGCUUCCUCAUCUUGAAGGCGCACUUGGAUAUGGUAAAGAUGCAAAUCUCCAGCAGUCACGAAAUCCAUGAAGUGUAACAGAAGAUAUGUUGGGCUCUUGUGGGAAAUAGGUCACUCGACGACGGAGCAAUGAGCAUUCAUGGUUGGGUAAAUAAUUUAUCACUAAUAUGCCAGUGGUCGUUUUAAGGGGAGCGGGUUAAAAACAAAUCUUCGAGAUAGAUUUGACUAGAACGCAUCAAGGAGCACAUGCUGUUGUUUGGAAAAUUCUCUUAUCUGCGAGUGUUAAGCGUUAUCCGUAGAGGGGCAAGUCUGAUUUGACUGGUAACUGCUUCAAUAACAAUUCAAUGAAACUAAAGUUACUUUUAGUGGGGUAAAAAGGUGAGAACUGGCUUUAUGCACAUCGACAUUUAAACAAGUUUUUAUCGCAGGGUAUCAACAUAAUACGCAUUUUAUUACCAUUGGGAAAACUUGGAAAUUUACAGGUUGGUCUUAACUUAAAGCUUUAAACCUGAUAGAAACAUAAAUCGAUAUCAAGCAGGAAAUAAGUUUGAAGCUCCUCUUCUGUUAUUAAAGAUACGAGACGAUUCACUUGAUUAAUAUUCAACUAAUUUUUCCCUUGUCUAACCAUGGUUAAAAUCGAAAGCAUGUUGGACUAAAAUUAUUAUUAUUAUUUUUUUUUGAGUCUUGCGUUUGACUGCUCUGUUUUUUUUUUUUACAUAAAUCAUUUACUAACCACCUGUGUCGAGUACGGAUAUUGGGGCUGUAAGUGUUGCGCUAGGUGUGUUAUAUCUUAUGUUUCACGAAGUUGUCUUUAAUGAGAGAUUCAUCGAUUCACAUCUCUUGUCUCUCCCCCCCCCCCCCCCCGUGAUUUCGGUUUGCAUUUAUUUUAGCUGGCCUUUUUUUUUUUAUUUGAAAGGUUGUGAUUGGUUUCCUUUAGUGAGUUACGCUAUACGUGUGUACUUAUGAUGUGACCGCAUGAUAGGAAUCAAAUGGAUUAAAUAAUGUGUGAACGUUGUUUCUGUUAUUUGAAAAUUGCAUUCAGUGUUACGGUGCGCACGACGGCGGGGUGAAUAGUGAUGAGAGAAACGAAAAAUGGAGUUCAAAUUCACGGUUGUCUUUAUAGAAAUGUACACAUUGAAUAAAAAAACAACAACAGAUUCAUAUAAUAUAAUUAACAAACCCUUGAAUACAAAGUUUUUGGGUAUACUUCUUUUAUAAAAUGGGAUAAUGUGCAAAUCGUGCAUAUAAGUAACGCAAUUUAUAAGAAUCCCAAUUAUUUCCCCACCCCCAGGGCUCCCAAAACGCCCCUGAAGUAUAAGACAGUUAUAAUGACCCACACGUUUUUACAACGCAGAUUUAUGUCACCAACCAUUUCAGAAAAGAUAAAAAGAAAAUAUCACGCACCAAAAGCAACUUUAAGAUUAAAAAAAAAAAAAUGGCAAGCAAUGAACAGGAGCCUGGCAGACCUUCUAACAUACGUCAUCGUGAGAUCCUCAUUAAAAAGUUGAACUCCGUCAAAGAGGAAUUUGAAGAAAUUAUUACUCAGGUAAUUCAUUACGUUUUCUUUUUAAAUUUGAAUAAUCUUCUAAUAUUAGAAGAUAAUUUUUACAUGUGAAUAAUCUUCUAAUAUUAGAAUAUAAUUUUUAAAUUUCAAUAAUCUUCUAAUAUUAGAACAUAAUUUUUAAAUUUGAAUAAUCUUCUAAUAUUAGAAUAUAAUUUUUAAAUUUGAAUAUACAAUGUAUAUAAGAUAUUCUUUUUUAUCAUAGAAUAUGCGUUUUAUAUUAGAGAAUACUUUUAAAAUAAGAAUUUACUUUAAUAUUAGAACAUAUAUUUUGUUUUUAUUAGAAAAAUCUUUUUUAAACUAGAACAUACUUUUUCAAAAAAAACGCCCUGUGCUAAUUUCUUUAAGAACAUAACAAAAUUAUUUGAGUAAAAAUAUCCAACUCUUAGCAUAAUGGCAGCAAUAUUUACUUUGUAGGUACAAAGUGAGUUAGAUGCUUUGGACAUUGGUGGAGCUGCCAGUGAACAAGAAUGUGCUAACCAACUAUGGACAAUCGGGGAACGUAUAGAAUUUUUAAGAGAAAAGUCUAAGGAAUGUUCAGGUACUUAGUGUGACAUGGCACAAAAUUUCUAAAAGACAAACUUAUAUGAGAAAGAAAGUUAAUAUUCUCAUACAAAAUGCAUUUAGAUAAGCAAUUAAAAGCGUAUUAACUGUUAUUGACAAGAUGAAUAUGUAUAUAUAUUUAAUAGGCCCAUAUAUAUAUAGAUAUAUUUAUAUAGGCCUAUAUAUAAUAUGAGAAUGAAAAGUAAACACAUACACAUGUUUUCUCUUAGUCCGUUACGCUUACAAACACACACAAUCAUAAUUAAUUCUAGAACAAAUUUUUAACCAAGCAGGUCAACAAAUAGCAGCGCUGGAUAUGGAUACACGAAAAUGUUUUUCAUCACUGAGCAGGGGAAUAGCGGCUUGUGAACGCCGAAUUGAUGAUCUGAUUAAAUGGCGCAACGAGAGCUAUGAGGAUUUGAACACUAUUUGCAUGUCCGUCAGCACAAAGUGUGACUCUUUGGUACGUAAUAAUAUGAUUGUUACUAUUUAUUUAUAAUUACUUAUGGAAUAAUUGAUAGUUUUGUUAUAUGUUAAAAAUAUUUUAAAUUUCGUUUAAUAGUAAAUCACAAUUAUUAUUAUUUUUUAUUUAUGUUCCCAUUAUUGUAAAGUUUCAGACGUCAUUGGUUUGGUCAGACGUUCAUUUAAAAAAAAAAAAACACAAAAAAACCAACACAAAAACAUUUACAAUGUUUUCUUAAAUUUUUUAAACUACUGUUAAAAGUACCACAGGAAAGAAUUUAAAACCUUUUUGAUUGCUUUUAAUAUUGCAUUAGUUACUUUGCGAGUGAAUUCUUGACCUGGUUCUUAAAUAAUUCUUAGUUCAUGUAUUAAAUAAUUUAGCGUGCAUCUCUCACAAAUCUCAUAAAGACUGACAAAGCAAUAUUUCAUUUUCAGAGUAUUGUCUGUUCUAAUCAAAAGUUGGUUCAGCGUGUUCAUAUAAAAUUGAUUCGUUACACACAUCAGUUCUAUUUUUAAAAAAAAUAUUUUAAUAAUAAUUUGGAGUAAAGUUUAUAACAUAAAAUGUAGCUAUUUUAUGCCAAAAAAAAUAUAUUUACGUGGGACUCAGAGUAAUAAUCCUUUCAAAACGCAUCACAUUUCUUUAAGACUUCAUGAUGUUGUAUCUCACAGGACAAUCAAACAUAAGGAGACCCAAUUAAAUUUUUUUUCAGGUUUUUUUUUUUUUUUUUUCAAAACACGAAAUAAAUUCGGGUAGAUUAUUCACUUUAUAUCAUGGAUUUUUAUAAGAUUAUGGCAAUUAAUGCUUUUUUUAUGAUCUUUUGAUCAUUAAGAAGACAAACAAACAUAAGGAGACCCAAUUAAAUUUUUUUUCAGGUUUUUUUUUUUUUUUUUCAAAACACGAAAUAAAUUCGGGUAGAUUAUUCACUUUAUAUCAUGGAUUUUUAUAAGAUUAUGGCAAUUAAUGCUUUUUUUAUGAUCUGUGGAUCAUUAAGAAGACAAGCUGUAGGAUGCUCCAUGAUAAGUUGUUUUUUUCUUAAAGCAUUUACAAAAUGUUUUAUUUGACAGCCCUAGAAUUACCAACAUUUGUGAUCGAAUGACUCCAUCUUGUUUUACCAAAGCUUAGUGUACAUAACUUUCCUUCGACCAAUGUGUGUACAUCAAAAGUCAAUCUGUUCUUAUCAAAGUUCCGUGUUCACUUCUUCAUUCCCAAAAAGACAUGCAAGUCAACUAUGUCCGUAUUGCCAUUUUAUAAGCAAGUAGGAUUUGUGGGGAGGGGCAGAAAAUCAAGAUAGUAAUCAAUCUUUUCAACCCCUAAAGAAGUGGCGUGAAUUCUUUCUUUUAUUAUUUUUUGCUUCACCGUGGGGAUUGACUGAUUGAAAAAAAAAAAGAAAAAAAAAAGAAAACCCUAUUCGUUGUCAUUUGUUAAAAGGGAACAUUUUAAACCUCGGUCAAACUGUCUAAGAUAAGGCACCAUGCACUUGAGUUAUAUUCUAAAACACAGAAUGUGCUUCAUUAAGUCUGUGAUCUGAUGUCAAUACAAAGAUUGUGUCUUCGGUUUAAAAAAAACCGCAGCAUAUCCUAUAAUCCCUUAUGAAAUGUACUGUUUAAAGUACGUUCUUUCCCCCAACCAUUCUUUGACACCAUCUUAAAUACCAGAUAAGAUAAGAUUCUUUUAGUGAUACAAAAAAAAAAAUGGAACUGUUUUUUGAUUGCAUUUUACAUUGUACAUUUUCAGCACAUAAAUAAAAUAAUUUGAAUACGAGAAAUUCACAUUAAUUAUUUCUCUAGUGGAAAAAAAAAAAAGGCCAUUUCGCGAAUUCUCAUAACAGGUACUUAUUAGUUCUCAUUGAGAUUUGUGAUUUGGGGGGGGGGGGGGCACGCUGGUAAAUUCGUACAGAUUGAGGAACAAAAGAAAUUUGACAUCUUCCAGUCCUUACCCUGAGAGAAAGAAUUCGUCCAGAUCGGGCCGAUCCUAAGUAUCCCCCCCCCCUCAUGAUUAGACAUAAUUACUACACAACAGAUUCAACAUGUCGACAACAGACCUAAAAUUAUAGGUACCAACAAUACAUUUUGUUUUCUGAUGUGAUGUGUUAAUUUAUUUGUAUCAAUCAUUAACAGAUGGCAACUAUCAAAAAUGAUAUAGGCAAUAUGGCACGAAAAAUUGAUCAAAUGGGUAUGUAUGAAUUUAAAAUAAAAAAAUGUUAUGUAACUGUAAUUUAAAAAAAAAAAUAUCACAAAUCUUAAGAUCAAUUUAGUGCGAUAAAUAAAAACAAUAAAUGCAUGUUUUUUUUUUUUAAAAUAAAUUUUUAUUCUUUUUUUAAACGUUGUCUUUAUUUAAAAUUCUUUCCAUUUUUCUUUUCUGUAUUGAUUGCAGAGUGAGUAUGCUUUUAAGUCAUUUACUGACCUGACUAUAAAAAUACAUACCGAUACUUUUAAAUGUUCCGUCAACUAUUUUUUUUAUUGUAGUUUGUUUUGUCCUGCAUAUAAAAGCUUAGUAAAUUAUGUGAACAGUCUGAGUUAUAAUCAAAUGAUAUGCAAAACAUUAUCCACGUGAAUAUGGGUGAAUACAACUUUUUGUUUUCUUGAUAAAUGGAUAACAAUCAUUAAAAAACAUCAGCAUUAAUAGUUAAAAAAUUUGCUAAACGAAUCGAAUUAUAAUAGCAAUAAACUUUUCAUGUAAAAAUAUUUCCUGCAAUUCUCAAAAUAAUUCAUUUGAAUAAUUUUUAAAAAAAUGUAAUUAAAAAAAAUAUAUAUAUAAUAUGGGAAUGGGCACGUUAAGAUUUUUAAAACUAAUUUUGUUGUGGAUUACAGCAAUAAAAAUUUUAUUAUAAUAAUUUACUUCAUCUAAAAAAAAUUGUCAAAAUAUUAGGCGAAGAUAGCCUAUUUUACAAUUCUCACUCUCUUUACUUAUCCACCUUAGAAGUAUCUAUCUUGUUAAUACAAUGUCAUCUUGUUUACAGAGAAAGAAUGGGUUAAACCGAGCAUAGGGUUCUUUGCCAUGAAACAUUGUCCCCUCCCAGCGGGAGAUGUAACAGAGUUUAAUGCUGAGGCCAACUACGGGCGUCACUUUGAUCCGGCAUCUGGCAGGUUCACAGCGCCACUCCACGGUCUCUAUGUAAUAAGCCUUAUCACAAAUUUUCCAAGCAAUACAUUUUAUAUAAGUUGCAUACUCAAAGCAAUAACUCCGUCGGCACUGAAAUCCUCUUCACUGUGCAACGUCUAUGCAAACCAAUCUAUUACUCGCUGUGUUGAGAUGGACGCCGGUGAUGAAAUUUAUUUGAAAUCAUCCAUGAACGAGCAGACGCCUGAAAUCUUUGUUCAGUUCUCUUGCUGCUUGCUGAGGCGCGGAAACAUUUAAUACACU